AAGCCCGAGAAGUUAACCUUCAACAAGUGAUGUGGAGUGUAGUUCGAUAGGUUAUAUAUAUAUAUAUAUAUAUGUUAAUUCCAGCAUUUAAUAGAUUAUUUAGCUAUUUACUACUUUUUAUAUAUCAGUGAUUUCCUUACGGUUAAAUAAUUAUUAAGACACCAUGUGUGAAAGACAACUUUCCCCUGACGAAAAGUAUCACCUAAUCGGUAGAAACUUGCAAGAGGUCCUGGGUGAAGACAAGAUUAAGUCCAUUUUGAAAGAGAGAGACCUAAAAAUAUAUUGGGGCACGGCCACUACUGGAAAACCUCAUGUGGCCUAUUUCGUGCCAAUGUCGAAAAUUGCUGAUUUCCUUAGAGCUGGGGCUGAGGUGACGAUUUUAUUUGCCGACCUACAUGCCUACUUGGAUAACUUGAAGGCACCAUGGGAGUUAUUAGCUCUUCGUACAGAAUACUACGAGCAUAGUAUUAAGGCUAUUCUACGCAGCAUAGGAGUCCCAUUGGAGAAGCUAAAGUUUGUUAAGGGUACAGAGUACCAACUGUCUAAAGAGUACACUUUAGAUGUUUACAGGCUGAGUUCAGUAGUGACUGAACAUGAUGCGAAAAAAGCGGGAGCUGAAGUUGUAAAGCAAGUAGAUCAUCCUUUAUUAAGUGGCCUUUUAUACCCAGGGCUUCAAGCAUUAGAUGAGGAGUACCUUAAAGUUGAUGCUCAGUUUGGGGGUGUCGAUCAAAGAAAAAUCUUCACUUUCUCUGAGAAAUACUUACCACAGUUGGGGUAUGCCAAGAGGGCUCAUUUAAUGAAUCCCAUGGUUCCCGGUCUAACUGGAACGAAAAUGUCCUCAUCUGAAGAGGACAGUAAAAUUGAUCUUCUUGAUUCACCAGCCAAUGUAAAGAAAAAGCUGAGAAAAGCCUUUUGUGAGCCAGGCAACAUUGAAAAUAAUGGAAUACUUUCAUUUGUGAAACAUGUUGUGUUUCCCCUGUUAAACGAAACCGAACAAUUCGUUGUUAAGAGAAAAGCAGAGGAUGGUGGCGAUGUCAAUUUUAAAACCUUCGACGCUCUGGAAAAGGCUUUUGCUGAUUUGGCAAUUCACCCUACAGAUUUGAAAUCUGCCGUUGAAGCUCAAAUUAACAGGUUACUGGCACCGGUUAUCAAAGAGUUCGAAGCUCCUGAAUUGAAGAAGCUUUUAGAAAAUGCCUAUCCACAGCCAGGCAAACAAAAAGGAAACAAUCAAGCAACAGCUAAUAAUGCAGAUGAGAUCAUACCUAGUAGAUUGGACAUCAGAGUAGGAAAGGUUGUGAGAGUAGAACGUCAUCCGAAUGCCGACAGCUUAUAUGUUGAACAAAUWGAUCUAGGAGAAGCAGAACCUAGAACUAUAGUGAGCGGUUUAGGUGAAUUCGUUACUAUAGAGGAAAUGCAAAAUCGAUUGGUAGUUGUGCUGUGUAAUUUGAAACCAGUCAAAAUCAGAGGCAUUGAAAGUAAAGGCAUGGUUCUGUGCGCCUCAGUGGAAACACCCCGACAAGUAGAACCUCUUCUUCCACCUGCGGAUGCAAUAAGCGGAGAAAAAAUAGUGUUCGAGAACUACGAAGAUGGCUCUUCAGAUGCAUUAUUGAACCCCAAAAAGAAAAUAUGGGAAAAGUUGCAAGUCGACCUAAAGACUAACUCUGAUGGUUUUGGCCAUUGGCAGGGCAAUGCCAUGUUAACAAAAUCUGGAGGCAAAAUAAGAAGCAAUGCCUUGGCUAAUGCGCCAAUUAAAUAAAACCCCAUUUGACGGAAAAUGCCCAACCUUUGAUAUUUAACUGCUACUAAAUAAUUGAAUAAAUGCAUUUUAGGCUAA